AUGUUUGUGCGUUUAAUUUAUAAAGCUCGUCGGUUGGAAGCUCGUAGACUUCAACUCCUCAAAGAAAAACAAGAUGCGUUUGCAAUUUCUAAGAAAGAAGAGGUUAAACUCUCAAGAAAGCAAAAAUAUCGCCAUUUUUGUGAUGAUUUACGUCGUAAAAUCAAACGAUUGUUGUGUCCGAAAUUCCCGAAGCAUUCUUAUCCAUAUCGACUGUGUUUUAAUCUCAAAAAUAAUGGAACUUGUGAGAAUUUUGUCAUCAAAAGCAUUGCUGGUUUCCUCGGAGGUUUUGUUCUUACUUAUAUCUUCUUUAUGUUUUCUGUCUUGCAACUUAACUUUACUCUAUCAACCGCGACUAUAAUGUGUGCGAUUUUUGGCUCUAUUUUGACUAUUGGUUUGGCAUUCAGUUAUAAGGUGAGAUGUAUUGUGUUUUUGGUCCUGCCACAGUUUUUUCUAAAAGGAAGACAAGCGUUAUUAGCGUAUGCGUAUAUUUUGGCGAUUACUGGGCCAGCGAAGAAUACACUGAAUAAUAUGAGUAUUCUUGGUGAGAGUCUUGCUUGUGGUCAAGAACAACUGAAAGCCGCAGUGAAGCAAAUACUCGAAGUGAUUAAAAAACCAUUUUAUGCUAUACGAGACGCUAUUAAGAAGGUGGUGGCUACGGUGAAGGAAAUAGUUAAUAAGAUAAAAGAAAUUUUAUUGGGAAUUAAGAGAAUUAUCAUGAGUUUGGUGGAUAUUGUGAAGGCUGCUUUCAAUUUUAUUGCAAGAAUUCUUAAUGUUUGUAAUUCUGAGUUUGGGACGCCAUUUCAACGGUGUCAGCAAGUUUUUGAAGAUGCUAUUAUUGACUGCAAUGCGAAACUUGGUCCGAUGUUUAAUUGGUUGUGUAAUAUUACGUAUCUAGUGAAGAGUGUUUGUUAUGUUGCUAAAGGAUUGGAUUUCUUAUGUUCCAUUGUUAAUUUUAUUAAAGGAACAGUUUCAGCUAUUGUUACAAAAGUUAAACAGUUUGUUCGACAUAUCCGCACAAUGUUCUAUGUGCGAAUUAAAUUUUCGCACUCGUAUCACUUUGAAUCGAAUCAUACAAAGUCAAUGGGAGAUAUUACAACUGGUAUUGUGACUGAAAUCAAGCAAAGGAGCUCUGGUUUAAUUAAAAUAUUUAAUUUUAUGAGCAGUGCAGCAAGUAUCUUCUUUAUUUUUAUGGUUGUUAAAGUUAUUUACUAUAGGCAUAAGUUUUUGACUAACGAGAUGUUUGAUAACAAGUUUAUUACGAAAGAUUUUCGUAUAUUGGAUUUACGAAGGGCUCAGAUGGGUUUAGAAACAAUUUUGCCGCUGAAUCAUAGGGAAAGAAAACUGUAUAUUUCAGUAAGUUCAAUGCGACUAGUAAAAAAAGAAAAAUCAAGACUUUCUCAAGCAGCUAUGAUUUUACUAAUGUCAACAUUAAAACUAUCAACUCACAUGGCUACUGAUUAUUCGCUCUAUUGGAUAAUGACAAAAAUUCGUUAUUAUGGUCGCUUUCAAUCCAAAAUAGAUGCACCUAAUAUGCCGGGUGUCUCCAUAGAAGGAGAAGGUUUUCUAGCGUCGUUAUUAAAAGGCAUUGUGAAAGCAUUUCAACCUUUGGGAAUUAAUCUAGAAAUUGAUACAAUUCCAUGUUUGCCGGACCCAAUUCCACCAGAUUAUGAUCGGUACAUUCAAAUAGGGAGUAUGUUAUUUUUGUGUUGGUUUCUGGCCAUUUUUGAACCCUACGGUUUGAGAUUUCGACAUUCUGUGAUGUGUUUCUAUCAUCCACAACGCGCACGCGAACGCACCAUAUGGUUAUACAAUCAUAUCCUGCGAUCUAGAUCCUCUUUUCUUAAAUUCGCUAGAAGGCAAUUAAGAAGGAAAGUUAUGGGUGACAAAUCUGUAAAUAAAAUUACGUGUAAAGAAUUUUUACGAUCAAGAAUAGUCAAAUAUCCAAUUUGUGUAUUUUUAUUCGGCGCUGGUAAACAAUCCUAUUGUCUCCUCUGCGGAGAAGUAUAUCGUGAAGGAGAUAAAAAAGAAUUUAUCAAAUGUCAAACCCCGAAUUGUCCUGGUCUUUAUUGCGAACAAUGUUUUACUGAUCUUCAAAAUCUUUGCACUGUUUGUCUGGACCCAAUAAGUUAUGGAGACCUAUCCGAUAUAAGCGAAGAAAAAGAUUCUUCUGAAGAUGAAGCUAAACAAAAACGCAAAUCUAUUCGAAAAUCCAAAGAAAAGAAAAAGAAAAAUUCUAAAAAGAAGAAAACAAAAACAAAAUAUAACACUGAUACAGAUACUGAUUAUGACGAUGACGAUGAUGAUAAUGAUGAUAAUGACAAGAAAAAAUUAUUACCCAAAAAGAAAUACGAUGAUUCCGACUAUAGUUCAGGUGCAACUGGAUGGGACUCCGAUUGGUCAAGCGAUUAUGACUUUGAAUAUCAAAAACAUAAAGAUAUUUCAAAAAUAUCAACAGAUACUACUCCCAGAAAUGAUCACAAAGAUGUAGAGAAACAAAACAUUCCACAUUUAGCAUCCAUGCAAGAAUUCCACGCUGAAUUAUUAUUUAAUCUAGAUGAAGCUCCAGAGUAUGAUGUAGAAGAUUUGGAUACUUCUAGUAUAAUCACAGAUUUUAACGAAGGUUCUUUGAGACAUUUAAAUCAAAGUCCAGAGAAUGAUCAAGUACAAUCUUGGUUAAAACGCAAGAGUUACCAUCAUUUAAGAUGUCGUAGAAGGUUAUCCGACAGUACAUUUUCUGAUACUCCACGAUCUACUCUAGAAUCUUUUCAAAAACGAGAUAACUAUUUUUCUGAUGAUUCAGAAUAUGAUACUGUCUUCCAAUCAAAUGACCUACCAAUGAAAAGAUUAAAUUCUAAGAUAUCUUGUUUUAAUACCCUAGAAAAUGUUGAAUCUAGUAGUACCUAUGAAAAGGAAACAAGUUUAUCAACAUCUGGAAGACGUAGAGAUAAUUUCUGGGAAGAAAACGCGACAACCACAGCAACUUCUAUAAUAGAAACACCAAAUUUACAGGAUGUAGAUGUAGAAAAACACAGACUAUUAUCAAAAGAAGAAAAAAAUCUGAUUAAUGUUGCUACUUCUUUGGAGAAAAUUUCCCUGACAUCUUAUGAUAGCCCAGCGAGUAACUUCUCUGAAUAUCAAUUGAAACAAGUGGAAGCUGUUGCAAAUAUGGAAGUUUUAAACAUGUCUCCUUUGGAAAUUAAAAGUUUUGGAUCUGAAACAUCACCAGAAGUUUCUUCUUUGGUUAUGAACUGUUCUCUAGAUUCUAAGGUCACUGAAGGUCACGAAGAAGGAGUACAUCCAGAUGUACCAAAAUUGAAUCUAAGGUUUUUGGAUAAUGAGGAAACGCCGAUACAAGAAUCUAGUGAACAAUGUUGUUCCUGCCAAUUGGGAAGUUCCCGAUCAACGACUUAUACAAUGGACAGUUGGCAACAAAAAAAUCUACAUCACACUUCAUCUUCAAAUUCGACUUUUCCUUCUUCAUCAUAUGAUUCCCCUCCACGUUCAAAACGUUGUAAUUGCCAUUAUUUCCAAGAUAAAGUCAAGUAUAGUGUUAUCAAUGAAUAUGAUACCUAUAGAAGUACAGUAUCAUCUUCUUCUAUAAGUAAACCAACUUCAAACACGUAUUCUACUAAACUCUCCCCUUCAGAAGAAAUACAGAAUACAGAAUCUGUUAGUUCUUCAUUGAUAUCUUCUUAUGAUAGUCCUUAUAGUGUACAACCACGUCAAAUUCAUCGAAGUCCUAAGUUUAACACUUUCCCAGCUGGAAACAAUUCAAUUGUCAGUACUUAUCCAGACACUUUUGAUCAAGAUAUACAAACACCUUUCAAAUAUUCGCAAAACACUUCAGAAAGAAGUGUGAAGAGAUGUUCAUUGGAUGCAACCACAACAACAUACUUAGAAGUUGAUGAAGGUGACGAUGACGAAUAUGAAACUUAUUCAGAAACAACCUAUGAUAUAGCUGAGGAUACUUCAGAAAAUGAAACUGUGUUCUUGCUACCGAAACAAAUUGGACCAUAUCCAUCACAUCCACAGGAUACUGUAGAAGAUAAAAGAAAAAUGUACCAACAAAGGGUUAGAAAUUAUUACAAACAUUUAAAUGAAAAGAACCGAGAAGGUCGUGUGUAUGACACAGUUGAAGAAUCUGAAUCUGAAGAAACUGAUGUUAAAAUGACUAGAAGUGGAUUUCAACCAUUGAAUUGCCUGUUGAAUAUGCUUGGUGUUAAGUCUAGUAAAGUUAAGUAUACUAAAUGUAACAAUGAUGAUUAUGAUUAUAUAGGAAUGGACCCCGAGCAUGUUGUACCAGUGAAAGGUAACCCUUCGAACAUCACCACCAACUCCACGAAGAAAACCCUUUCCAAGGCAAAGAUCAACAGCAUAAUUAAACUAUUCUCGUAUUCUAAAAAGGAGCACGGUUUUGCCAGUGCUUCCGAACUGUCAGUCUCAUCAUCACAUUAUUCUAACCAUCAAAAACCUUCGAUUGGUGGUCAUUACCCUAGAAUGGAUGCUGAUAUUGUGGCCGCGCGUGCUAAUACCGCCCCUGUGAUUUUGGAUAAUACUACUUCAAGGAACGUGGAUGGUUCUGGUGGGGCAGAAGCAUCUGUUGCGGCACCUCGUCACCGUGGUAAGGAGUUACUGAAAAAGAUGGCGAAUGUGUUGGGACUGCGCAAACGCAAUCGAAACCAUGAACAACAAAUGGGAGCGGGUGCUUCCGAUACUGGCAAGGAUAACGAUUUAAAGGGGCAGCCAGAGGUAGAACAAAAGGCAAGAAAUUACGUUCCGAUUUGUACGCCACCGCAAUACGAUCUGACUUUUGAUAGCACCGAUUCGGAGAUUACCGAACUCGAACAAGAACAGAAACAUCGCCACAAUACACUCCCCUCGUUAUUUCAUCACCAACCCAAGGCCAAACCAAUUCAGGAACGUCGAAGUAGUAUCCGAGAAUCCAGCAUCAAUCCAAUAUCAAUAUCAAUUCAGGAGGAAGAGGUUCCCGGAGAGAUUAACGAAGAAGGGACUUUUGAAAUUCCUGAGGAGCAAGUAACGAUUGGACGCUACGAAGAAGAACAGACUGUGUUUCCUGAAAGCAUUGAAGAAGAAACGAAAUUUAUUCCAUUGGAAGAAAUCCCUGAAUUGACAGAAGAGCAAACUAUUGAGGUGGAGACUGAAAUUGAACAGCCACCAUUGGUUCCUUCUAGAUCUAGAAACUCUAUUUUAAUACCACCAUUGGUUCCCUCUAGGAACUCAACUUUAUCACCACCACAGGUUCUUUCUAGAAACUCAACCUUAUCACCACCCUUACCACCAUUACCUGCGUUACCUGCUGUUGAAGAACCGCCAGUUGCAGAAGAGGAAUCCGCAGUGGUUCCUCUUCAAAGGGUGCGAACAAAGUGUAACAUAAAAGGGAUCUGCACCAAUCCUGAACUGUGUAAAUUAAAACGUUGUCAAAGACAAGUAUCUUUUGCUAACGAGGUACAACAUUGUAUGAACCCUGCUUGUAGAAAGAAAAAAAUUUCUCAUCGUAGAAAAUCUUCUUCGUAUGAAGACUCGGAUGAGUACGAAGCUGGAUACGAUACCGACGACGAUUCAGACCACUUUACAGAGAGUGACGGUGAAGGGGUGAUGCCAGAUUACCAACGAUAUUCGCGCGAGCAACCCGAGAAGGACCAGAACGGUGGUAGCAAUAAAAAGGCACCAGAUCGUGGGAAUAUGAGAGAUUGCUGUCGUCCGUGCUGCCCAAAUCGUACCGUUUCAUCCAAACACAACAACGUUCAGCAACCUUUAGAGAACCGGUGCAGCCAAGGCAAUCGCCACUCAGAAUCCUACGUAUCUUGUCGUGGACAAUCGAAAAAUCCUUCGCAUUCCAAAAGUGUACCAAAUCAACUUGAAGAAAGAGACUCUUAUAGUAAUUUCCCAGGCGUUGAUAAUCCAAGGAGUUUACCACCAAGACCACAUCCACCUGGCAGGAAAAGUAAACCAAGGACUUAUCCACCUGGGCAUAGUUUUGAAGGACGUGGGGAUCUAGACAGACCUCAUAUUCCACUACCACCUCCCCAGGAACAUUACAGUGCAGAACAACUACCUGCAGUACCACCACAUCAACACCUACGAUCAUCACACCAAGAAAGAGAAUCAAGAGAUCCCAGGGAGUCAAGGGACUCACGAGAUAACAGAGAUAGUCGUGGGCAAAGAGAUUUCCGUGAUUUACGUGAGCAACCACUGCUCGAAGAACAGGACGAGCGCAAGGAGAUGUACAGUCAUAACACUAAUAGGAAUUAUUCAACUAAGAAGCCUUACAAUCGUGGCUACAGCAAUAACAACCGUCAAGCUCUUAAACCCUAUCCCUACGAAGAACCAGGUGGUUCUACUUCGUACAGCCACGAUUCCACAUGUUCGAACAACUGUAGUGGUUAUGAUCAUUGUCCCAUGCAUCACGCAUGUAGAUGUCAAUGUCAUUGCAUGCAUGAUGAUCAACAUUAUUGUGGGCAGACCCAAUCCGAUGAUCAGAUGAGUUGCUGUUCGGACAGUUCCAACUCUGAGUGUAUGAAUCUUGCCUAUCAACGUACAGGAGACUACCCGGAACUGAUGGAUGAGUUGGAAACUACUCUCUCGCAUCGCAACCGAAUGCGUGUACAGAAAACCAUGCAGCGUUUCGAGAUGUUAAGCAGACAGAACAAAAAUUUAGAGAAACCUAUUUUUGAAGAUGACGAAUCUCUGCGACAUUAUAAUAUGAACAUGUCAAUGCAUCGUGACAAGAAUGACGUACAUGAAUGUAAAUGUCGUAGUUGUAUGGAGAAACAACGUAGGAGGUCGUUUAAUACAAGAAGUGAAGCGUUGGCGAAACGUCCCAAUUAUCAACCUACACCAUUCCCAAGGAAUUCGGGUUAUGUGGAGAAGGUUGCGCGUUAUAUGGAUCCCAAUUUGAAUAAUCGAAGGGAUAAUAAUCCUAGAAAGAAGAUGGAUGUAAGACAUGAUAUGCCUUCCACUUAUACCAAUAGUAAUGGUACCUGGCAGAUGGAUACCAGGAAGAAUGAAUGGGUUAAGGUAGAUAAUGGACAUUCAAGCAAUUCCAAUCAGUAUGAUUUUGAAAAUAGUUAUCCACCAUUACCUCCAAGACCUAUUUCGGAGCAUAUGUAUGAUAGAAGGAAUUAUGCGCCAGAGAGGGCGCAGUGUUCGUGUGCCAAGUGUUUGCGACGCAGAUGAAACUUGCCCCAAAAUGAUGUUGAAAAGCAAUUGCCAGUGAUAAAUCUCAGUGCGGUAAAUUAUUCACAAAUUAUUGACGUAAACAUGAAAGGAAAUUAAUGUUUAAAGGUGGUAUUAAUGGUUUCCGACUGUACAAAGUGGAUUAAAUUUAUAUUUGGCGAAAA